AAAUUUGUACUAAUAAUGUCUUCGUCUCUUCACGAAACGAAUUUUGCAGUUAAAUCAGGUUCAAAGUACUGUCCCUACUCGCCAAAAGAGGGAAACCAACACCGGAGAGACCCAAUUCAAAGGAUGGAGAAGGACGACGCGUCGGUGGAAGAGACUGAAGGCGCCGCUUCUAUUGACGCCGUCGGAGGCGGUGGUAGCGGGGAUGAGACUGGGGCGGCGACUGCAGAGGGAAGCAGUGGCCGAGCACGUAGAGACCGAGUGAAGGGGCCGUGGUCGCCGGAGGAGGACGUGAUACUGAGUCAACUCGUGAGUAAGUUCGGCGCGAGAAAUUGGAGCUUGAUCGCGCGAGGCAUCUCUGGGAGGUCCGGCAAGUCUUGCAGGCUGCGCUGGUGUAAUCAGCUCGACCCGGCCGUUAAACGCAAGCCUUUUACUGAUGAGGAGGACCGAAUAAUAAUUGCAGCCCACACAGUUCAUGGAAACAAAUGGGCAGCAAUUGCUAGGCUUCUACCGGGGAGAACUGACAAUGCUAUUAAGAACCACUGGAACUCCACCCUAAAGCGCCGUGGCUUGGAGCUUGACAGUAUACAAUGGAAAUGUGCAAAUGCGGUACCAGAUUCUAGCAUGGACAAGACCAGAGCAUCAUCCGAAGAAACUUUGUCCUGUGGUGAUGUCCGUUCAGUUAAAUCAUUGGAAGGAAACUAUGCAAGUUCCCAGGAAAAUUUGGACGACAAGUGCGAUAAGAUAACAGAAGUUCCACCACAUCAUGAAGCGGAGGAACCAUCUACUCUUUUCCGUCCUGUGGCACGUAUCAGUGCAUUUAGCGUAUAUAAUCCUAUAGAUGACGCUGGAAUUGCUUCUUCAUGUCAGAGGCCAGUUCAGAUGCAAGGACCUUUGAUUCAAGUAUCAAAGCCAGAUGUUGCGAUCUGCAGAUUGCUUGAAGGAGUUUACAAUGAGCCACUGGUCCCUCAACAAUGCAGCCAUGGCUGCUGUGGGACCCAAAGUGGUGAUAGUACUCCUACAAAGACUCUGUUGGGUCCAGAGUUUGUGGAAUUCUCGGAUCCCCCAUCAUUUUCGAGCUUUCAAUUAGCUUCAAUAGCCGCAGAUAUUAGCAAUCACGCUUGGCUCAAAAGUGGGUUGGAGAGUAGCAGUGUAAUUGCAAUGGAUGAUGCAGCUGGCAGGAUUGGAUCUCGUGGGUCUGAAGUGGCGAUAGGGCAUUUUAAAGACGAUACAGCGAAUGACCAUAACCGUUUCGAAGAAGGAAAGAACAAGUUACUGGGCAUGAUGACCAAUGUGCUAUCUACAUAGCUUGUUUCUUCUGUAAGUGCAGCAACACAAUGUAAGGGAUUUACAUUAUAUUUCUAUGGAUCAAUUUACUGAUGGGAUAGUACACCUGUUAAAGUUAGACAUCAAUUCUGAUAUUCUUCUGAUUCUCGUUCGAGUU